UCCGACGUCACCGGCUAGGAGUGGAUGUCUGUUAUAAAAACACAUGGAGAAUUGAGGACAGGGGAAGGCUGAUCGAAAAACGUAUUUUUUUCAAACUUUAUUAUAGGCAAACGUAUAGCAGAAUAAUUUAAAUUUCCCUGUUUUUGAAAGCACACGGAUGACGCGUUUUUCCGUUUUGGGAAGUAGGCUAACAUGAGAUUGGUGCGUUUUUUCUUGUGUUUUCUUGAUGUCGGAGGGAAAUAACAGUAUUCCUGCCUAGCGGAUUGGAGUGUAAAUCCGCCAUAUUCGGCCUUACCACGCCCGGGAGUCGUUUAUUCAUGUAUUUUCUCAUCGAAUGGAUUAUGGGACUAUUACGAUACGAAGACAUGCUUUAAAAAAAUAUGUGAAGAGGAUGACUGGGCAAGAAUGAGAAUGCUUAUCACAUAGAACAUUACGUAUGAUUGUUUUAAACCGUUCUGAUGAUCAUAUUUAGGAGGAAAAUCAGACUACCCAAUUAGAAUUUCUGACAUUUAGUUAACUCCCCGAGCCACUGUUUGCUGACUGGCAGUCCGUCAGAAAGCGAAACGAAACGGGGUAGGGGGGGCAACAAUUUCUCAAAUAGCCUAUACAUUUUCCUCUCUCCCCAGGCUAUGCCACAUUAUAACACGUCCAUGUUUUUUUUGCAGCUGUAAUGGCGUGAUUUGAUAUCCGUUAAUUGUUAUCAUUUAUCGCAACUGGAAUCUGCGUAGUGCAUAAAGAAGAAGGAAAGGUGAUUUUAAAAGAAUGACCCUAGACGCCAUAAUGGCGUGUUGCCUAAGCGAGGAGGCGAAAGAAUCCAGGCGGAUCAACGACGAGAUCGAAAGACAGCUCCGCCGCGAUAAGAGGGAUGCUCGCCGGGAAUUGAAGCUGUUGCUUCUCGGUACUGGAGAGAGUGGGAAGAGCACCUUCAUUAAACAGAUGAGAAUCAUCCAUGGUGCCGGCUACUCAGACGAGGACAAGCGAGGCUUCACCAAGCUGGUGUACCAGAACAUCUUCACUGCCAUGCAGUCCAUGAUCCGCGCCACAGAGACCCUAAGGAUCCCUUACAAAUAUGAGCACAACAAGGGCAACGCUAACGUGGUCCGAGAGGUGGAUGUGGAGAAAGUCAGCACGUUGGCAAACCCCUACAUAGACGCCAUCAAGUGUUUAUGGAACGAUCCAGGCAUCCAGGAAGCUUACGAUAGGAGACGGGAGUACCAGCUGUCGGACUCUACCAAAUAUUACAUGAAUGCGCUGGACCGGAUCUCAGAGGCCUCUUACCUUCCCACUCAGCAGGAUGUGCUGAGAGUUAGGGUCCCCACUACGGGCAUCAUCGAGUACCCCUUUGACCUCCAGAGUGUCAUCUUCAGGAUGGUGGACGUGGGGGGUCAGAGGUCAGAGAGGAGGAAGUGGAUACACUGCUUUGAGAACGUCACAUCCAUCAUGUUUCUGGUGGCACUAAGCGAGUAUGACCAGGUGCUCGUAGAAUCUGAUAAUGAGAACCGAAUGGAGGAGAGUAAAGCCUUGUUCAGGACCAUCAUCACAUAUCCCUGGUUCCAGAACUCUUCCGUUAUCCUCUUCCUCAACAAGAAAGACCUCUUGGAGGAGAAGAUCAUGUACUCCCACCUGGUCGACUACUUCCCAGAAUUUGACGGUCCCCAGAGAGAUGCCCAGGCUGGCCGCGAGUUCAUCCUGAAGAUGUUUGUGGACCUGAACCCAGACAGCGACAAGAUCAUCUACUCCCACUUCACCUGCGCCACAGACACGGAGAACAUCCGCUUUGUGUUCGCCGCCGUCAAAGACACCAUCCUGCAGCUCAACCUGAAGGAGUACAACCUGGUGUGAAACCAUAGAGUUCGAAUAUUAGAAGGAACUUCAGCAUGAGCACAGCAAGGCUGGGGCCCAGAGACCCUUCUCCAACUUAUUCACUGUCAAAUCUGUGAAGAAAAAAAAUAAUGGUUGCAUAAUAUUAAUUUAUUGCCAUUGGUGACCCUUUUAUUUUUUUCUAUUUAAAAGAGAACAUGAUUGAAGGGUUUAGGGCGUUUGAAGGUCAAUGUUGGAUAUGUAAAGCACAGUUCCUCCAAUUAUUCUAAUUGUUUUUAGCGUUAUUUUUUUUAAAGACACUCAAUGUGGCUGCUGGGUUCUGUCCAAUGCCUCUGAACUUGAUUCCAAGGUGCUCCCGCCAUUUAGUUUUUGAUUCGAUCUAGUCGGUCCAUUCCAGUGCCAGUCUGUGGCGUCCACUCUCCUGCUUGUCAACUAAGACCUCUGGAGUUCUAAUUCAUGAAUGAACACAUUUUUUCCCCCUGAAAGGGUGAGAAGUGUUGACACUGAUUUCUUGAAAUUAUUGUUUUGAUUAUUGCAUCCACUUUAGUACCGUUUGACGUGUACAAUCAGCCACACAGUAGGGUCAGCGGUCAGUCAUUUAACUGGGCUGUAUAGUGAGGGGGCAUCAUGAUGCUCAUCACCCAUCGCAGUCCCUAGGGUCAGGAGUCAGUUAUUUUGGAAUCAAGUUGUGCUGUACCAGGCUUUUUAAGGUCCUAUUUAUCGCCGAUGCCAAAAGGAUGUAGCGUUAACUCGAGGCUCCCUUUCACGCUGUUAACUAGAAAGAGUAUUGGAGGCAAGACAGGACACAGCCUUUUGAAGGAUCCAAGAGUUUACCGUGCGCACGUGUGACCUUUUUAAAGUGUUUCACCACGUUUUUGGUUAGACUUUUCUCCCCCAUCUUGUAUUAAUUGUUGAAUGCCAAAACCACUUGUUUGAGUCAGUAAGCCAAGCCUGACAAAACACUCAUUCACUGGAGUCCAUAGGGUCGUUGUUGUUAAUGCCAAUCGUAGUGGCCAAUCGUUUUGCGGCCAUUGUGAGGAUAUGAUAAUACUAUUGACAGUAGAAGCUGAACUCCGCUAGUGACCGGUUGUGAGUAUGUGGACGGUUGUAACCAUAAGCCCCUUUAUUAAUUAAAGGCUUGAGUUUGGUAAUCC